AUGUCCGGAUUCUCUUCCUUCCCCAUCACCGGCAUCAAAGCCGACUGCCAAGUCCAUCCACGCCCCGAAGUUAACUCCUGGGCAAAAAGUAACCCCAUCCAACUCUCUCUCUACAUCCGGGCCUUGCAGAUCUUCCAAGCCAUUUCCUUCGAAGAUGUCAAAUCUUACUUCCAGAUCGCGGGUAUUCACGGUCUUCCUGCUAUUCCCUGGGACAAUGAUCCUGCCCCGAUGGAGGCGAGCAAAUCCUACCCCACUAACUACGCUUCAUCAGACAUCACUCCUGAUUUCUACUGUCCGCAUAACUCUAUCCUUUUCCCCACUUGGCAUCGCGUGUAUGUGCUUUUGUUUGAGCAACGACUUUGGGAGAUCAUGAACUCUGAGAUCGUGCCUCAGGUCACUGGCGAUCAACAGGCUGCGUGGCAGGAAGCGGCUAAUAGCUGGAGAUUGCCAUACUGGGAUUGGGCUGCCGAUCCCUGUGUGCCAUCCGUUGUGCGAGGCGAUACUGUCUCAAUCGUUGAAUUUGAUGGCAAGACACUUGUAUCUACGUCCAAUCCGUUAUAUCAGUUCAGCACAGGUGCCAUCUCAACCUUCCAGAAGGCAGGCUCAGUCCCUCUGUUCAAUGACCGGUCUAGUCUCGGACAAUGGACCAUCUUCAACGACCCCCCGAUGGCUUAUACUUCUGGGACCAGCAGAUGGGGUCUUAGUAAUGGUAAAGGUGGCAUAGAUGUCUUGACACCGCAACAGGCUGCCGGUAUUCAAAACAAUGACUUUGUCGACAGGGCACUACAAGACCCCAAUUGGGCAGUCAUAAAAGUGGCAGUCAAGGAUAAAAAGGGGAAAACGCAUCACAUUCCCACUGGCCUCUGUGGUUCGAUUCUGGAUCAGGUCAGUCGCCUCUUCGUCCCGUCUAACUUUGAUAACUAUGCCGAGUUCGCCACUACUGCGCAUAGCGGGUUGAAAGAGCCAAAUGGGUACCUGUCUCUCGAGAUGAUCCACAACUAUAUCCACGUCAUGGUUGGAGGUCUUGGAUGGAAGUUGGAUCCAUCUCAACAAACUAAGAAGGGCCAAGCCGAAAACUCCUAUGGCCAUAUGUCAGAUCUUGGCACCGCUGCCUAUGACCCCAUCUUCUGGCUCCAUCACUGCAAUGUGGAUCGUCAAUUUGCCAUCUACCAGAACAACAAUGGAAAGGAUCAGUGGUUCACUGGGCGUACAAACGAUACUGACCCUAAAGCCCAGGAUAACCUUUAUCCGUUCCAUACCGAUACCAAAUUUAACCACUGGAACUCUGAUGGUGUUCGAGAUUGGACUACGCUUGGAUACACGUAUCCCGACCUGGCGCCUGAGACAGACUCCUCUGGCACCGCUCCACUUGAGCUUGUACAGAAGCGCCUCACUGAGAAAUAUGGAGUCCUACGAAGGGUUCUCCACGAGGUUGGUUCCACACAAAAUAUUGAAGGUCUUGACAACGACUAUGUCAUCAACAUCAUCUACAAUCGAUUCGCCUUGAACGGAGGCAGCUACAGUAUUCACUUCUUUAUCGGUAAGGAAAGUGACAUUCCUGCAUCUCCUGAGGAUUACAAGCUCAGCGUCGAUUACAUCGGUGGCAUCCACACAUUUUCCUCUAGCUACUGGACUCGCGGCAACGAGAACGGUGUUAACUGCGAGAACUGCCAGAAGCAGCAGAAGAGUCAUCAACUGUCCAAGGGUCAGCUACCAGUUACUCUUGCGCUCCUCCAGCGAGCGUUGCACGAAGAUGACAGAUGGGCGGAAAUUAGCCAUCUUGGAAAAGACCAUGUUGUUGAGUACAUGACCAAACAUCUCCAUUGGAGAGCUGUCGCCGUACCCAAUCAAUUGCUCAAGACAGAUGAUCUGCCCGAUCUUAAGGUUUCCUUCAAGGCUGGAAAGGCAGAACAUCCUGAGGACCCGGCUAAGCCAUCCAAAUACUUUGGCUAUGAGCAUCAAUGGGAAGUCACCAAGGGUAAGCUUGGAGGAGCGAAGCCUGAGUAG